AUGCAUUCACGACUGGCGAUCGACACCACAGUUGGGAUGACUGCUGGCCCAUCAUCCGCCAAGUCGCGUUUUCGUGAUAAGAGAAGUGUAUCCCCAAUGCCUGGUUCUCCGGGGCCCAGUAGUAUUGCUCAACGAGGCAGAAGCGUUUCAAACGCUUCCACCACUUCUUCCUUGUCAAUCAUUUCCCCUAACUCCUCUUCCACCAACGCGUCCACUACAUCCCUAAACAUCCCAACCGCUACUCAACACUACAACCGCUCACGGUCGGUGAGUCCUGCUCUUGAAGAGACUGUUCGGCUCGGUUCAGAAUAUGUUCUCGCAAUGCAUGAUUAUGCGCCACAACACCAAAGCGCCACAUGCCUAUCUUUCCGCGCUGGUCAAGUGAUCCAUGUUUUGAACAGGGACACUAGUGGCUGGUGGGAUGGCGAACUUGAGGGGAGAAGGGGGUGGUUUCCGAGCAACUAUGUUAAUACCGAAGUCACUUCACUCACCGAGGAGCAACCACUCGAUCAAGCUCGAAGACGUGGGCAUGUUAACAACGGCUCCACAGCUUCCGCAGCUUCCUGGGCCAGCACUGCGUCAGGCCAUCAUAAUAACCACACUCGCCAUCCCUCACUAUCCGAAAAUCUCGGCCAGGACCAGGACGUCGACUCAUAUUGCCCUCCCAUAAUGGUUCCCUUGUUGCAUGGCCUUUCGUUGCUUCAAAAUGCUGUCCGUGCCAAUCGUAUAACCCAUUUUCAACCUUCAACAGCUUGCAUAAUAUCCUGUGUCCGCUCCAUCCUCGCCGGAACGGAAACGCUCCAACGAGAAGCUCCCCUAUUACAACAAUUUGCAGGCUUAGCAGAAGAACGUCGACGAAUAUUAACGGUGUUGGCUUCACUUGUUGCGCAGGCAAAGAAAGCAUCGGAAGAGAAUCUCGACCAGGGAAAACAGGAGGUUGAAAUAGAAAAUAUGUUGCGUUUGGGAGGUCAAGUGUUUGCGCAUGUGCGGCGGUUUCUGGCCGUUGCUGUUCAAUGUGGUGUGGAGCUUCCAGAAGAUCAGGAUUCGACAACAAAUUCAGGUUCCUGGAAUAACCAGCGAAGUGAUGGAGUGGAAUCGCCGACUGGCCUUACCCCGACCAGGUUCCGCGACGAUGAUAAUCGUAUCGCAACCUUUCCGCCGAAGCACCGGUUGAGCGAUCCGACCCAGCUUGCAUAUAUCGGCAGGACAAGGCAGGAGCAAUAUCUUCUCCGUGAACGAGCUAUUGUGGGACGGCACAGACAAGGGGCCUCAAUUAGUAGCAUUGAGUCUGCGUCAUCAUUUUCGUCGCAGGACUCGAUGACAGCCCCAGCUCCACUACCAUUCCCUUGUGGACCCUCGACGGCUGCCCAGGUCCUGGAAGCACUGCGCCAUACCCAUGACCAUUAUCUAUCCACGAUUGCUGCCUUCAUCGGACACGCCCAUUCUCAUUCUCGAACAUCACACGCGUCGAGCACAGGCCACCUAUAUGACCUCGUUAAAGAGAUCGUUGAGAUGGUUUGUAAAUUACUCACCAUCGUGGAAGCCGUUAUGCUUCAUCCCGAUGUGCCACCUCUUCGUCUCGGAAACUUGAGGUCGGCCAAGGAAGGAUUGUAUAACGUGACGAGCUCGUUGGCGGAAUCUGUUCGCCUUCUCACCUUGUCGCUUCCGCCGACGAUGACUGAUGAAGGCGAAAAGCAAACCCUUUUGCGUUCAGCGACAGGGGCGCUCAAAGCUGGUGCUGAUUGUGUGGCAGCGGUGAAAAUAUGCCUGAGUCGUUCGGCAGGUGAAAAGCCUUUUAUCAUCAACAUACCAAGCUCUAGUGACUCCGCGUCACAGCCUUUGACACCAGGCAAGUUCUCUGGGUCUCAGCUGGUGAAAUCGAUCAGCAUGAGCGGGCUCAAAGGCUACCCCAAAGGAUUCGAGGAUGAGGAUCUUACCAUUCAAGCGCAAACCCCUUCUCCCGUUACGCGUCCAAGAGAGAUAUCUUCUGGGUCAGAUAAAAGCAACUUUUCGAAAUUAUCGCAAUACUCUGUUGAGACACGGGCCACGUCUCCGGAAGAAGGCGGCAAGCCAUCGUCACUUCCUCCAUUGACCAUUACAAACGCGCCAGUCGAACCCGAUUUCCCUUCACCGAGGUCGUUUGCGCCCACAGAUGACGGCACCACUUGGGAAGGGAGUGGACGAAGUCAUGAAACACCAAAGGACAACGUCGUGCAUGGAGACUUGCCAACCGUUCCUCCCGAACCUAUUCCUGAAUAUAACCAAGACUUCUCGCAUGAUUAUUCGCUCGAAGAUGUCGCAUAUAAUAGUGAUGGUCACCUUGUUGGCGCUACUAUGGAAGUGUUGGUCGAGAAGAUGACACCUCACGAUAGCAUUGUCGACCCUGCGUUCUCCGCUGUGUUUUUCUUGACUUUCCGGUUGUUCUCGUCACCUACUGAGCUUGUCGAUGCUAUUAUCGCGCGUUAUAACCUUCUUCCUCCACCGAAUAUAACCCCAGAGGAUAUGCAACUCUGGCAGCAACGCAAGGGCAUACCUGUUCGUCUGCGUGUUUCGAAUUUCAUCAAGAUCUGGGCUGAGCUUUACUGGCGACCAGGGGUUGACGACCCUGUGUUACCUGCACUGACCUCGUUCACAAGAGAUGGAUUAGGCGCAAUCUUCCCUGGACCAGCUCAGCGAAUUUUGGAUCUCCUCAAUAUGCGAAGGCGGUCGAUCGCGGACGUGGCAAUCAGCCCUAAGGGUGACAGAAGCCGCGACCCGGGAAUGUCAAUCAACCCGCCGUCAGCUAUCACACCGACCAGUGAGAUUCCUAGACCGACGAUGACGAAGACUUUGCUCGUGGCUUUGAGGAAGAAAGACUUUGCCAAUAUCACUGUCACGGAUUUUGAUGCGUUGGAACUCGCACGCCAGCUUACGAUCAUGGAAUGCAGUUUGUAUUGUGCCAUCACCCCUGAGGAGAUCCUAGAAACGGGGCAGGAGGGUGCUACGCCUCCUGUGAACGUCAGAGCUGUGAGCUCACUAAGCACGGUCAUUACUGGCUGGGUGGCGGAGAGCAUACUGAACGAACCUGACACCAAGAAGAGGACUCUUUUAAUCAAAUUUUUCAUCAAGGUUGCAGAUCGAUGUACCACACUCCAUAAUUAUAGCACAUCUCGUUCUAUUCUGGCUGCCCUAGAUUCAUCUACUAUUUCAAGACUCCGUCAAACAUGGCUGGGGCUACCGCAAAAGUAUAAGACGCAACUAGAAUCUCUUCGCCGACUAGCAGACCACAGCCGCAAUUACCACGAAUACCGAAGUAAAUUGCGAAAUACAGCACCUCCAGCUGUGCCAUUCCUAGGUCUCUAUCUCACCGAUGUAACUUUCUGUCGGGAGGGUAAUCCUUCACAUCGAGCGUCACCGAUGAACCAGAACAAAAAACUACUCAACUUUAACAAAUACCAUAAACUCGCAAGGAUUGUACAGGAUAUGCAACGAUUUCAAGUCCCCUACAACCUUAAAGCUAUUCCAGAAGUCCAAGAAUACCUUAAUGUGGCUUUCGACAACUCCCGACACCAUGGGGAUCUUCAAGACCUUUACCGCAGGAGUUUACUGGUUGAACCCAAACAGCCAGCUGAUAAUCCUCCCACUGGCGACGUGCGGCAACUUUUCAAUUGGGCAACUCGAUCCCAAUCUCAACCUCAGGCAAUAACUCCCUCAUAG